AUGGAUCCUGACCGAAGUGUAGCAGAUGAUGUUAAGAGUAAUGCGCCAGCUCCCGCGCCAGGGACCACGCCUGAAGAAAUUGAUAAAAUUCGAAAGCAUGGGGCUGAGGAUUUCAGGGCUAAUGUAGAUGAUGAUCCAGAAAAAGCAGAGUUUUGGCUUGAAAAUUCUAUUCGGGAAGAAUUCAGAAAGAAGUACAUAAGUCAACGGUUCAUUGAUAAAAAAUGCAAGGAGUUUCUUGAAUUAAAGCAGGGCUGGAUGUCUGUGGCAGAGUAUGAAAGGGAGUUUGUCAGGCUCAGCAAAUAUGCUCAGGAAUGUGUUUCCACGGAGGCCAUCAUGUGUAAAAGAUUUGAGGAAGGGCUAAACGAAGACAUCAGAUUGUAUGCUGGGCUUUUAGAGUUAAAAGAAUUUGUAGUACUGGUUGACCGAGCUUGCAAGGCUGAAGAAUUGAGUAAAGAAAAGAGAAAGGCAGAGAUUGAGGCUCGAGAUGUAAGAAAAAGGUCAAUGAGUAAGACAUUUCAACCUCAACCAAAGAAGCUUAAAGAGAUGAAUCUACGAUCAACUGGUUUAGCUGGGUAUCCACGCAAGGAUCGAGGGAAGACAUAUUCUAGAGCUAAAACUCAAGCUACCUCAGUGGCAAGUGUGGGCAAUAUGCAGAAUACUAGACCCGAGUGUCAACAGUGUGGCAGGCGACAUAUAGGCGAGUGUUGGGGAUUUAAACGAUCCUAUUUCAAAUGUGGCUCUGAAGAACACUACAUAAAGGAUUGCACUGAGAGGAUAGAAGAAGAAAGAUUACAAAGCGUUGGAUCAGGUGAAACUGUUAGUAGAGGCAGACCACCAAGAAAUUUUGGGAGUAAAGUUAGCGGUAAAAGUGUAGUGAAAGAUAUAGCAGGAAGAUCAGAAAUCAGAGCGCCUGCCAGAGUAAAUUGUAGACAGAAAAUCCUUGAAUUGAAGUGUGAAAAUGGUGGAAUUCUUCGGGUUGAAGCUAAGGAGCCGAAUAAAUUGCCUAUAGCGAUUUCGUACAUGUCUAUUCAGAAAUGCAUGAGAAAAAGGUGCGAAGCUUAUCUUGCUUACGUGUUGAAUACUGGUAUAACUGGGUCGAAGCUUGAAUCAGUGUCGAUAGUCUGUGAAUUUCCGGAUGUAUUUCCAGAGGAAUUGCCUAGGUUACCUCCGAUCAGAGAAGUUGAGUUUGUUAUUGACCUGUUACUUGAAUUGAGGGCUAGACCAUUAUUCCUUCAGCAAAUUCGGGAAGCCCAUAAGAUUGACAGUGUGAAUCAGGACAGCAUCACGAUGGAUUUUGUGACGGGAUUGCCUUUGACUCCAUGGAAGAAGGAUGCUAUCUGGGUGAUUGUUGAUAGAUAG